CAAUGGAAGAAAUUCACACGAAAAUGUCACCGAGAAGUAAUGAGCUGAAAUUGUUUUUAGAGGCAUGGUUCCCGACAAUGAAAGAAAAUCCUCCUAUACCAAUUUUCAUUAAAUACUUUAAUCCCAAUGCACAAUCUCUAGAAGGAGUGUGUCAUCUAUACGUUAGAAAAUUUGGUAAAGUUGGUGACAUUUUAAAAAUUCUUUGCGAGAAGAAGAAAUUUCCACCACACACUCCCUUGAAUAUAUAUGAAGAAAUAAAACCACACAUGAUUAAAGAGAUGAAACCCGAGUUAACUUUUCAACAAUCUGAGAUACAAGAUGGUGAUAUAAUUUGCUUCCAAAAAGCUUUAACAGAACAAGAAGUAAACAAACAUAUUGCUGCAUGUCGUAUUUGUGAUAUUCCUACAUUCUAUGAGCGAUUAGCUGUGCGUAUCGUUGUUCAAUUUAAGCCAAAACAUAAAAAUCGUAAACAAGAUCCUGAAUUUUAA